AAAAGGGAAGAAGUGAGUUAUUUAUAAUCACAAAAUAUUAUGGCAUCUAACCGGCGAACGAAUACAAAUUUUGGAGGAACAACAAAUUCAAAUCGUCCUACAGAAGCAUCAACUCCUCCUACGGAAACAACUUUAAGAGCUUUUCGUAUAUGUCAGUUACGAGCACAAGGCAUACAUAAUCUAAGUUAGGAAGAAAGAAUUGAAAUUUGGAAUUUGGAAAAUGAGCAGUUUGCAGAGUUAAUAAUCAAUCCAACAUUGACUUACUAUCAUCGCUAUUUUCAAAGGGGACCAGUGCAAACGGAUAGAGGUUUAAGAUGGAGAAAUAUUUGGCAACGAAUACAAGAAGAUGAUGCGGCUUGUCUUCAGUUAUUACGAAUGUCACUGCCGUGUUUCCGCUUAUUGUGUAAUACACUACAAACAGACUAUGGUCUACAACCAACACUCAAUGUAAGUAUUGAAGAAAGUGUGGCUAUGUUUCUACAAAUAUGUGGACAUAAUGAAGUUCAGAGAGAUGUUGGUUUAAGAUUCGGCCGAAAUCAAGAGACGAUUCACAGAAAAUUUAUGGAAGUUCUUACGGCGACAGAAAUAAUGGUAUGUGAUUAUAUUAGAACUCCAACAAGACAAGAACUAAUGUGAAUUCCUGAAAGACUUCACUCAGAUCGAAGAUAUUAUCAUUUUUUCAGUGAAUUUGUGGGAGCUAUGGAUGGAACUCAUGUAUGCGUAAAAUUGGAGCCUGAGUUAAAAGGAAUGUAUUGGAAUCGACAUGAUAAUGCUUCUUUGAACAUCAUGGCAAUAUGUGAUUUGAAUAUGUUGUUCACAUAUAUAUGGAAUGGAGCACCAGGAUCAUGUCACGAUACUGCUGUUUUGGCAAUGGCACAACAAAACGAUUCUGAGUUCCCUUUGCCUCCACGAGAUAAAUAUUAUCUCGUUGAUUCAGGCUAUCCGAACAAGCAAGGAUUUUUAGCCCCAUAUAGAUCAUCACAGAAUGGAGUUGUGAGAUAUCAUAUGUCUCAGUUCAACUCUGGUCCUGCUCCGAGAAAUAAACAAGAACUAUUCAACCGAUAUCAUGCGUCUUUGCGUUCAGUUAUCGAAAGAUCAUUUGGAGUUUGGAAGAAAAAAUGGAAGAUUCUAUCUGAUUUUCCAAGAUACAAAAUACGCACCCAAAAAAGAGUGAUAAUGGCUACAAUGGGAUUACAUAACUUUAUCAAAAUUUCAAACUACGCAGAUGAAGAUUUUGCAAAUAUAAUACCAGAUACGAGACUGAAUAACAGAGAUUCAGAAUCUGACUAUGUUGAUCCAGAAGAAUUUGAUGCGGCACAAGGAGAACAAAUGACAUAAAUAAGAGAUAAUAUUGCAAAUAUGU